GUGAGCUGAGUGGGAGUAGUAAUUAGCUAGGUAGAGCUUAAUCUGCUUCUUCUUGUGUUGAUGAAGGAGAGGGGUGUGAGGAUGAAUAAGCAGGGAUUGAUCAUGAAGACCCUGGACAGGUGCCUGUCCAAGCACAGGGGUGGCGGCGGCCGGCCGGAGCCGCCGCCGGAGGGGAGCUUCGCGGUGUACGUCGGUGGCGGCGGCGGCGGCGGGAGGGAGAGGUUCGUGGUGAGGACGGAGUGCGUGAACCACCCGCUGUUCAGGGCGCUGCUGGAGGAGGCCGAGGAGGAGUACGGGUACGUGGCGGACGGCCCGCUGGAGCUCCCCUGCGACGCCGGCGAGUUCGUCGCCGUGCUGGAGAGGAUCGAGCGGGAGAUGGCGGAGGAGAGGACGGUCAAGUGCGGCGGCCUGGUGGUCAGGCUCCACCCGGCGGCGCACCUCAUGCUGGCGGCGGCUCCGGCGAGGCCGCCGCCAAUGAUUGCCGGCUGA